AUAGUAUGCUGGCCCUCUACACAGCAAGCUUUGUUGACUCGCCAAGUUCCGUACAAAUGAACCUCGUUGUAACUUCCCCCAAAGACCUCCGCACCAUGCCAUUUACUUCUCUUCUCUUCUCUUCUGCCUUCAAUAUUUGCCAAAAGCACCUUUAGUACCGCUCCGUUUACUCCAAUGGAAGAAAACAAGCUACUUGGACGCACUUCGUCGUCGGACGAUGAUGCAGAAGACACAACAUUCGCUAGCAGAAUGAAACGCAUUUCUAGUCGUGAAACUUUCUUCUCCCGCAUACAGAUUUUUCGUUUUUGUCUUGAAGUUAUUCUCAUUGUCUGCCUUCUUGGCACGACUGGUCUUAUUUUGAAGAAUGACAUCGGCAAAGCUGGUACCUGUGAUAAUCAGGUUUGGCCGGCAGGAAGUGAUUACAAUCAUUUCGUACCUCAUGAUGUCAGCUCAAGAGGUGUACCCAAACCCUCUGGCCCAGAUCAAUACCAGAUAGCUGCUGAUGCAUUCCGUGACCGGGGUCUGUUUAAUCAAACUCUAAGCUCAUGGCAAGGUCUUUCUCAUGCGUUUGUGCGAGCCACACCGUAUGAUGGUAGCGGACCCCAAAAGCUGUUUGCAGGAGAUCUGUUCGAGAUUGCCGCAUUUCAUCAAAUGCAUUGUCUAACAUCUAUACUUGAGGACUUUGGUCUUCUGGCUGCCGGAAUCCCCAAAGAAGAACUGCCGGGUUACCACAGUGGUGUAACGUUGACAUGGGAAGAGCACAAGGCGCAUUGUUUCAACUACGUCCGGCAGGCUUUGAUGUGCUUCGCUGAUUCUACCGCUGAAGGACACAUUGACGGCGACCCUCAUCGUGUAGCUGAUCAUGGGGUAAUUCACGUUUGUAACGAUUUUGAUGCCUUGCUAGCGUGGUCCAAGGAGCCAGAGAGAAUUUUGCCUAAAAGUUGGAAGGUGACCGAUUGAGAAGAAGAAUUGCUUGUAGUUAUAUUUGACGAAAUGGAAGUUGAAAUUUUCA